CCGCACUACUCGAUGCAGCGACGAUGGAUCCCCGCCCGUAUUGCUUCCUCUUUUUGUCUGCGCAAUCAGCAGGAGGGCUUGGCGCUCGAUGUGGCGAAAUGACAUCGUCGAAGACCAUGCCGCCAUCCAGAGGAUUAUGUGCUUAUCGCAAACCACAGCUUCUAGGGCAUCGAAAGAAUCCUGCGAGAAUUUUCCUGAAAGCUCGUGUGUAUGAUCAGACCAUGGGCUCGUGCUAGUGGGGCCUAUCGCGUGCCUGCCAAACCUGCCCAGCCUUGUGCCAAGCGGUUGCUUUCAUCGCGGACGAGGGCUCCGCGUAUCAUGGGUUACGAGGUGUUGUUGUCUGGAUGUGUGCCUGUGGAGAUGUUGGUGUGGGUAUGAUAUGACUCGUGAAGUGCUUCCAGACACCAGGUUUUAGGAUCUGAUAUGCCAUAGUUGUUGAGCAUCGUUCGGUCGCGAUCCUCGAAGUAAAUCGGGACAUUCACGACCAGCUGUCAGCAGUGUACAUCGAGCAGCGGAGUGGUGCAGUCUCACAAGGGCCAUAUCUAAUAUGUCGUAAGAGGCACAGAUACAACGUCGUUCAGACGUGGAGGGUAGCCAAUAACAGCAG